AUGAAGUUCAUUUUGCCUUUUGAGUACUUCUCUUUGACAGUGUACACUGUCACUUUUUUGCUUGGCCUCCCAGCCAACCUCCUGGUCUUGUUUGUUUAUGUACGCAAGGCUCGGAAACACGGCGUUACUCCUAACGUGGUCUACACCAUCAAUCUGUGCUUCUCCAACCUUUUCCUUGUUGCCUGGAUGCCUGUCAAGUCUGCUGAGACAGUUCUACAGUUCUGGAUGUUACCCGAGUUGCUCUGCCCGAUAUAUAGCUUCUUUGUUGUGGCCUCGCUUUACGGGAGUGGACUCCUGCUCACAGCCGUCGCUGUCGGACGCUACUUGAGCAUUGCCUUUCCGAUUAUUUACAACCGUUAUCGCUGUGCUCGCACCUCCUGCAUGGUCAGCGCUGUCUUGUGGGCUAUAGUACUUCUACAUCUCAGCUCAGCUUUGAUAGCAGAGAAAGGAGCUUACUUCAUGUCGUCGUCUCACACCAACAAGUCGAAAUGCUACGAGAACUUCACACACGAGCAGUUGAAUAUUCUGCUGCCACUGCGCUUGGAGAUGUCAGUGCUGCUGUUCGCCGUGCCGCUGCUGAUUUCAGUGUUCUGCACCCUACGCUGCCUGGCUCUGAUUCGCCACUCGUGCCUGUCAGCCGGCAGCAAGAGGCGCGUCUUGGCCAUGGAACUCUCCGCGCUUAUCGUCUUCGUGGUGUGCUACGCGCCGUACAACGUGUCCCACGUGGCCGGCUUCGUCAUAAACGACAACGUGAAGUGGAGGGACGAGGCCAUCGUGACCAGCUGCUGCAACGUUUUCCUCGAGCCUGUGGUGAUGCUGGUGCUCUCGCCUUCCAGGCCGAGGAUCCUGCUGUGGGGUCUUUGCAGGAAGCAUAUUAAAGAGCAACAUCAUAAAGGGAUUGUACAUGUGAUGAACCCUCUGUCAAUCGUGCAAGGUGGUUCAAAAAACAGUUGGGCUCUCAAUGUGCCAAAAAUAAAGACACCUCAUUUGUGA